UUAUGGCUGUGCAGCAUGUUUCCUGACCUGCUGCUGGCUGGGAGGAGGAGCCAUCUCUGCAGAGGAGCGUCUUCUGGUCCAGUAUGGGUCCUGCCGCCCUGCUGCCCCAUCAUGAGACAGAGCUCCAGCAUCAGAGCAAGCACUCCAUUCUCCCUCUGCUGGCCACUGAGGAGCUUUUACUCACGCUGCUCCCGUAGUAACAGGAGCACAGGCGGCAAGAUGUCAUCCUCCACCUCCUCCUCUGCUACCGAUGGACAAGGGAAGGUUAAACCUAAAUCCCCAUUUCGCAAGAGGGGUAGCUUGCAGAGCACCACCAGCCCUGAUUUGUGUAGUGCGUCAGGACCAAAACCCCUGAAGCCUCAGCGAUCCCUUCCAGGGACUCCUGUUUCACUCACACAUUACCCUGUCGACCUGCGACAUCCAUGGAAAGAAGUACAAGAGAUCGCAGAGGAGCUGUUCACGCGCAGCAUGGCUGAGAGUGAGAUGCGAAGUGCUCCUUAUGAGUUCCCAGAGGACAGCCCCAUCGAACAGCUGGAGGAGCGACGGCACCGCCUCGAGAGGCAAAUCAGCCAGGACAUAAAGCUUGAGCCAGAGAUAUUGCUCCGCGCCAAACAGGACUUCAUGAAAAUCGACAGUGCUCCAGACCUAGAGUUAAUGAAGGAGAAGAGUGUGGACACUGUGGAUGAUGAUUUUCCGGAGAGGGAAAUGCCAAUGGAGCGAGAGUACCAGCGGGUUUCUAUAUCUGGAGAAGAAAAGUGUGGGGUGCCCUUCACUGACCUGGUAGAUGCUGCUAAAUGUGUGGUGAAAGCAUUAUUCAUUCGGGAGAAGUACAUAAAUCGAUCCAUGCAGACCUUUUGUAAGACCACGGCUCACGCCUUACAGGACCUCGGGGUGAAGACUCACGAUAUGAGAGUUUAUGAUGAUAUUCCAGAAACCCCUGUGGAUGCUGAUGCCCCCGUCCACCCACCUGUUUCUGAGACCCAUCCCUACGACAAUCAGGACCCUGGAAAUAUGCCCCCAGAUGCAGGAUAUGGUUGCACUAUGGUGGAUGGAGUGGUUCAUGUCUACACUAAAAGAACCAACAUGGACAAAAGUACAGAGCUUGAUCUGCCCUAUCCUGACCUGAAGGAGUAUAUUGCCGACAUGAAUGUUAUGAUGGCUCUCAUCAUCAACGGGCCAGUGAAGUCUUUUUGCUACCGCCGCCUGCAGUACUUAAGUUCUAAAUUCCAGAUGCACAUCCUCUUGAAUGAAAUGAAGGAGUUGGCAGCUCAGAAGAAGGUUCCUCACAGAGAUUUCUACAACAUACGAAAGGUAGACACACACAUACAUGCGUCCUCGUGCAUGAACCAGAAGCACCUGCUGAGAUUCAUCAAGAGAGCCAUGAAGAAAUACCCUGAGGAGAUCGUUCACAUCGAGCGAGGAAGGGGUCAGACACUCAAGGAGGUGUUUGAGAGCAUGAACCUGACAGCGUUCGACCUGAGUGUGGACACUCUUGACAUGCAUGCGGAUCGAAAUACAUUCCAUCGGUUUGAUAAGUUCAAUGCCAAAUACAACCCCAUCGGAGAAUCCAUCCUUAGAGAGAUCUUCAUCAAGACUGACAACCACAUCGAGGGGAAAUACUUUGCGCACAUUGUCAAGGAGGUGAUGUAUGAUUUGGAGGAGAGCAAGUACCAAAACUCUGAGCUUCGUCUGUCUAUCUACGGUCGCUCCAGGGAUGAAUGGGAUAAAUUGGCUCAGUGGGCUGUCAAACAUAGAGUGUACUCUGACAACGUGCGCUGGCUUGUUCAGGUCCCCAGGCUUUUUGACGUGUACCACACAAAGAAACAGCUUGCUAACUUCCAGGAGAUGCUAGAGAACAUCUUUUUGCCUCUGUUUGAAGUCACUAUCAACCCCCGCAGUCACCCAGAGCUACAUCUCUUCCUGGAGCAUGUGGUGGGCUUUGACAGUGUGGAUGAUGAGUCCAAACCUGAGCAUCACAUCUUCAAUCUUGACAGUCCCCUGCCGGCCAACUGGACAGACGAAGACAACCCACCGUACUCCUACUACCUCUACUACACCUACGCCAACAUGACUGUGCUCAAUCACCUGCGAAGGAAGCGAGGUUUCCAUACGUUUGUGCUGCGACCUCACUGUGGAGAGGCAGGGCCCAUCCAUCACCUGGUGUCUGGUUUCAUGUUAUCAGAGAACAUCUCCCAUGGGUUGCUGCUCAGAAAGGCUCCAGUGCUUCAGUAUCUUUACUACUUGGCUCAAAUUGGCAUCGCUAUGUCACCGCUGAGUAACAACAGCCUGUUCCUUAGUUACCACCGAAACCCACUGCCAGAGUAUCUGUCCCGGGGCCUCAUUGUGUCUCUGUCCACAGACGAUCCCCUUCAGUUCCACUUCACCAAGGAGCCUCUGAUGGAGGAGUACAGCAUUGCUGCUCAGGUUUGGAAGCUCAGUUCCUGUGACAUGUGUGAACUGGCGAGGAACAGUGUCCUCAUGAGUGGGUUUUCACACAAGGCAAAGAGCUACUGGUUGGGCCCCAGCUAUUCCAAAGUGGGUCCUGAGAGCAAUGACAUCCGUCGUACAAAUGUCCCUGACAUUCGUGUGGCGUAUCGCAGCGAAACGCUCUCUGAGGAGCUCCAGCUCAUCACUCACGCUGUGAGCACUGACGAGUUAGACACUAUUGAUGAAGAGGACACUCUGUCCAUGGGCCCUCUUCCAGGGGGACGCUGACGUCAUGGUCACAUGGUUCUAUCCUGUAAAGUCCCAAUCCUCCAGCCAAUCCCAGCUCGACACUGCAGUGAUGCAGUCUCAAGUGUCCUGUUGAGUUUACCUGUAAACACCCAGAAUUGUCACUAUAGAAGAACGCUGCACGCUGACACCCUCACAACUCCCAGAAAGCCAAGGAUGUAGUGCUGCUAGGCAGCUUCACUGUUCCUUGAUUACCUGUGUCUGGUUUUAGGACUCAAAGAUUAUACUAUGGCUACAACUCUGGGUUCUGUUAUUUUCUCUGACGUGUCCACCGUCAGUUUGCAUGAUGAACGUUUGUAGCAUCGACGAGCUCGGGGGUUUUCGAACUCAAAGAAUUAAAAAGCACUAGAGGGCAGUGUUUUCUGUCUGCUCAAUCUUAUUUUUAUGUUUUGAUUCCACGACCUUUCCUGCCAAAGCCAUCAUACUGGUUUCUGUAUUUGUUGUAAUUGGCCAUAGAUGUGACACUGUCUACAGAAUGAAGUCAACAUCACAUUAAGACUUCGACUCUCUGAAAGCUGCUUACAGUACGGUUGACCUUACAUUCAGCUUAGCCUAAGUGCUUUUUUAUGUUCAUAACACAUAUGUAGACUGUAGAUUCAGAAUUUGUGAGAUGAAAGUUGCACAUAUACAGGAGGCUUUGACAAGUUUCAUAUAUUAACCUCCUCAACAGUAGCUUAAAGGUUAGAAAACUGAACCAGAGACUCAAACAACAGGAGAAGACAGUGAGCUGGAUCAGUGUCAGCCAUGCACAGGGCUUGGUGUUGUUUCAAACCAUUUAGUUGCCAAAUUGCAUAAACAAUCAUUGUCCCAUGAUUUGAAUCAGUUCUGAAAUAACCAAGAGAAUCUCUAGCUCUGGAGUCAGGUAGGAAGCAGAUUUUUCUCUGGUUGACAGCAAACAUUCCAAUAAGCAAAGAUGAGUUUUUAGACACAUAUGAAAAGAUUUCUAGUAAAUAUAGAGAACUAUUUCGGUUUUAUGCUUUUCUGCAGUAGACGUUUAAUGGGGAAAUGUGCAUUGUUGACCAGUUUGUGUCAAAGGACAGUCAAAGUGCAUGAAUUUAGCAUCGUCCAAUGAGAACGUCCGUCCCUUACCUCAUUGUGGUAUGAAGAUGUGGAGCCUGUGCACCUUCUCAAGGCCCUGACCACACUGUCUUCUUGGACAAACAGAAAGUGGUGGAGUCCCCCCCCCUCUGCAUGUAGUGCACUAUACAUAUGCACAAAGCCAAGACUUCACAGUGCCUUUACAAUGUUAGGUUUAGGCACUUUGCAACCAUCUCCUUCCAGACUGUUGUAUGUAUAAUGUAUAAAGUUUUGUCUUUACCAACUAUUGCAUAUUUCUUCACAGAGUACACGCCUGUGCACUGUUGCAAUAUCCACAUUAGUGGAGUUGAAAUCCCCUAGAUGCAUGUUUAGAGUAAAAGAGCUUUUUACUUAGCCUUCGUAUUGUAUUCAGGAGGAACAUUGAUUUAUGUUCAGGCCUCUGUCUAUAAGUGCUUUUUUUGCAUGCAUGCAUGAAUAAUGGAUGGCAGGAGUGAAUGGUUUGUUUACAGCCAGCUAUAAAAUAACGUAAAUUAAAAUAUUCAGGUUUGCCCACCAGCUUUUUCAGUCAGAAAUGUGUUUGCAAUGAAUAUUUUGUUCAGCAAACACAUUUAACCUCAGCAUUUUUCACCAUGUAGACAUGAGCAAACCAUGCUGGGACAUGGUUAAAACUGAUGCAUGGUUCCUGUAGCAUUCUUAUGAAACUUCCCCAGACCUGAUCUAAGAUCAGCCGUUUUGUAUUGUCCACUCAUCCUGUUGUCACACCACUCUCCCUGCCACUGGACACAGUCCAGUCAGACUGUGAGCGUUUUUCUUAAAAACCUAGAUGCUACUGUUAAGUAAUAUUUGAUGCCAAGACUAGGACUUAUAGUGAGUAAACACAGAGGAUGUUAGGUGUAGAAAGAGAUAAAGCAUUAGAAAACAUGAGCCUUUAUCUGAGUAACUAACUGUAAUGUAUUAGGUCAUAAAUAUAUAUAAAUAUAUAUGUUUAAGUCAACAGAUAAUUAAGAUUUAAAAAAAAAAGGAAUUGGAUCUUAAUCUAGUAAAUCACAGUAGCUUCUAUGUGCUGAAGGAUGCGCAGGAGUUUUGCAUUGGUGGAAUUUGUGUGGUUGUUGGAUUUCAUGUAUAAAAUGUAUUUUUUUAAAGGCGAUAUAGAGAUAAGAAAUUUUAUAUUCACUAUAUAUCAAUGUUGAGGUUAAACAGUUUUUUUUUUUUGCAGUAGAUCAGUGUGAGCUAGCAUUAUGUCAUAAAAACAGAAUAUUUUCAGAGCAGUUUUUAUUUUGGUUGUACUUUUUAAUUUGUCAAGGGAAUAUGACACAGUAUUUUAGUGUCUGUCCUGCCUGUUUAUUCUCACAGUAGCUGCUCCCCUUAUGUGUUGUUUCAUACUCCAGAUAAUUCUCAGUUUGAAGUUGUAGUUCAGUUAUCAAAUAGGUGAUACAUACAUGAUUAAUACCUCUUAUUCUACAGCCAAAAGUCUCUUCAGUAGCCUUUUAGACACAUAAAUGAAUUGUCCAUGAUUUUACAUCACAGCUGUUUUAAAUCUGUUUUUUUUUUUUGUUUGUUUUUUUGGGUACAAAUUUGUGUUAAAAGCUAUUUUUCUUGAGUUCCACUACUGACAGAUUCAUGAUCUAUGCUGAGUCAUCCUGUUUGACAGCAUCAGUCCAGAAGCUGAAGCACAAAGUGUCAUAACUGCAGUUCCAUUUUGUCACUGACUUGUACUGGUUUCAAUGUGCAAUGACUAGUUUGUUGAUGACUUUUAUAAAUUAUGAGGAUACGUUUUUGAUGCAGUAGUUUAGAUUCUCUGUUCCAUCCCUGCUCUGUUUUUUCAAUGCUUAGACUUUUACUUAGAUAUCCAUCCACUUUGUUUUUAUAACUGUUUUUACUGUUUUUAUGUACACCUCAAGGGUUUAUAUGUCUCUUAAACUAACCACAAAUUGUCGAAGACCCUACCUCACAAUUUCAGAUCAUGGCUUCAGCUCGGUUUUGUCCUCAGCAGCAUCAGUGUUAAAUAAAUAACAACACCCCACACCAACAGAAAGAACAGAAAAUAUUUACUGUUCAGUGUUUUCUGAGCUGUAAAACAUAAAAAAUACACUUAAAAAACUCAAUGCCUGUAAAAUUCAUGUUGAUUUCACUGUAUCUAUCUCACCAUGUAUUCAUUUCACGUAUUUUCGUACUCACACUCGAGGUAUUUUAUGUUAUGUUAAUAUAAUUACCGUUACAUUUUUUUUUUGUUUUUACGCUACUGUCACUUUGUCAGAGAUUUUCAUUUUUAUUUGUGCCUAAUUUUGAUCAGUAGUCAUAUUAUUGCCUGAAAUGGAUUGCCAGUAAUUCACACAUCCAGAAGCAUCUGAUAAUGAGGUUCAUGUCUAAUGUCUGAACAAUAUAAUAAAGCAUGUUUACUCACUA